GUUCACGGGGAGCUAGCGCAACUGAAUGAAAUCCGGUGGCGACUGACUUGCACCGCGCUGUCGUCGUAACGCACCGCCGAGCUGGGGGGAAAUUCGGGAAAGGGCACCCGCGCAGUUCACCGCAAAGACGCACGCCACAGCAACAACAUGCUCACGCGGGUGAAAUCGGCGGUGGCCAAUUUUGUGGGAGGCAUCAUGGCAGGCGGAUCCAACGGCGAUCAGUUCAGCGGCUCCGACCUGCCGCUGAAAUUCCCUUACAUGAGACCGGAGUUUCUAGGACUGUCUCAGGAUGAGAUAGAGUGCUCCGCGGAUCACAUUGCGCGACCGAUUCUCAUCUUAAAAGAGACGAAGAGACUGCCUUGGUCCACGGGUUAUGCGGAGGUGAUAAAUGCAGGGAAGAGUACACUGAAUGAGGACCAAGCCUGCUGUGAAGUCCUGAUGGUGAAGAAGAAGGCGGGAACUUCCUCCACUCCCAGCAGGACUCCCAGUGCCAAGAGGAGGUCCUCCCUGCCCAACGGAGAAGGCCUAGGCCUGAAGGAGAACCCCGACUCUGAGGGGCUGCAGCUGCAUUACUGGGCUCUGUUUGACGGGCAUGCGGGUUCGGGGGCGGCGGUCGUGGCCUCCAAGCUGCUGCAGCAUCACAUCGCGGAGCAGCUGCAGGACGUGCUGGACAUCCUCCGCAACUCCGCCCUCCUGCCCCCCACCUGCCUCGGGGAGGAGCCUAACAACACGCCCGUUUCCCACCGCGCCCUGACCCGCGCCGCCUCCCUGCGCGGGGCCGCGGGGGCCCCCGGCUCGCCCGGCACGCCCCCCACCCGCUUCUUCACCGAGAAGAAGGUCCAGCACGAGAGCCUGGUGAUCGGAGCCAUGGAGAACGCCUUCAAAGAGAUGGAUGCGCAGAUCGAGAGGGAGAAGAUUGUGUAUAACAUCUCAGGGGGCUGCACUGCGCUGGUGGUGGUCUUCCUGUUGGGAAAGCUGUACGUGGGCAACGCCGGGGACAGCAGAGCAAUCAUCAUUCGGAAUGGAGACGUAAUCCCGAUGUCCACAGAGUUCACCCCGGAGUCAGAGAGACAGAGGCUGCAGUUUCUGGCCUACAUGCAGCCUCACCUGUUGGGGAACGAGUUCACGCACCUGGAGUUCCCCAGGAGGGUGCAGAGGAAGGAGGUUGGUAAGAGGAUGCUGUACCGGGAUUUCACCAUGACCGGCUGGGCAUAUAAAACCAUUGAGGAUGACGACCUGAAGUUUCCUUUAAUAUACGGAGAAGGGAAGAAGGCUCGUGUCAUGGCCACCAUCGGUGUCACCCGCGGCCUCGGAGACCACGACCUCAAAGUGCACGACUCCGACAUCUACAUCAAGCCUUUCCUGUCCUGCUGGCCUGAGGUGAAGGUGUACCACCUGACACACCACGAGCACGGAGCUGACGACAUUCUGGUGCUGGGCACUGACGGCCUGUGGGACGUGCUGUCCAAUCAGGAAGUGGCGGAGGCGGUGGGCGGCUUCCUGGCCAACUGUGACCCCGACGACCCCUACAGGUACACCAUGGCUGCUCAGGACCUGGUGAUGAGAGCGCGUGGGGUGCUGAGGGACAGAGGCUGGCGGAUCUCCAACGACAGACUGGGCUCUGGAGACGACAUCUCUGUCUUCAUCAUCCCACUAUUACACGGGAACCAAGAGACCUAGCCAAGAUGGCCGCUCCAGGAGGCUACGAAAGGAGGAGGGAGGGGGGUACCCCCACCCCACCUCGCCACCACCUCCUCCUCUCCCCCUCUCCUCUCCUCUCCUCAGUGCUGUACAGUGAGUGAUGACCGUCUCCCAUCCCCUGCGUCACCGAAGGCCACGUGUUUGAAGACCUUCCUCCUCCUCCUCCUCUUCACACCGUGAAGCUAUGCGCUUUCUCUCGCUGAGGAAGAUCUCAGGAUUGCCACCAGUCGCCCUCGUCACGUGACCCUGGAGCGCUCCGACAGAACAGCGACCAUCGCUGCUUCGCCAGGAUGCGCCAGGGAUUUGUUGAGAUGUUCGCAGGCUGAGGCGCUGCUUAUGAACCUCAUCCUCAUACACUAUUCAUUUCACUAUUCCUCCCAGAGUCCCG